AUGAGAUCCAUUUUCGCGUUACCGUCGGUGGAGGAGGUCUUUGCGCUGUAUGCGCUGCCUUUGCGGCCUGUGGAUUUUUUGCGGGCCUCUUUAUGUUCGUCUGAGCCGUACGACUCGGUCAACGAGCCGCGGAGCGAGAACGUGCGCCAGCUGAACUUGGAGUUCUGCCGCGUGGACGAGUGCACGUUGGACGGCACUGUUUUGGGCGCGGACGAGUUGAGGAAAUCCGCCAGACUCAGAGAGUUGUCCUGGUUGACGUCCUUGGGGUCAAUUUGCGAGCUGGAGCGGGACUUUAUAGCGCGAAGGUGCGAAUGGCUGGUCAACGGGUCCUGGUGCGACGGAGCCCCAGGAGUACUCGUACUGGGCAAACGGGUCGACCUGGCUGGCCCUGAGGUUCCAGGGCUGCUCGCGGAUGAAGAACACCAUGGUGUCGAUGAAACAGUUGAAAGCCUGGAAAAACGCGGCCAGACAGAAAAUCGAAAGGUGCAGCAUGUACGACACCGGGUAGAUGAAGAUGACUUUCAUCUGGCGCAUGAUCUGCAGCUGUCUGUACCGGAAUUUCUCCAUGGCUUCUUCGUGGAGCAGCUGCUGGAUGUCGAGUCCGACCUCUUGGCGGGUUCUUGCGGCCUUCUGCGAGGACUGAUAGCCUGCGAGCUCGGGCAGCUCGGGAAUCCCUGUAAGUUCCGGGUCCUGGUUGCGCAAGUAGUCCAAGUUUUCCAUGUCGGCCUCGGUGGUGAGGUCCUUGCCGUGCAACUGGGCAUUAAUCUGAAUAUCGGGGAACACCAGCAUCAGCAGCAUCUGGCCCACUUUGUACAUGAACGAGUCGCCGAGCACCUCGGUGACCAUUCCCCGGCUCUUGUGGCCCAUCACGUCCAUCUUGGAGCUGACUGCGGUGUACUCGCGCAUGACGUGGUAGUAAACCGAGCCGUAGAUGGUGACGAUCAGCACGGCUAUGCAGUACCGAAUGAUCCAGGUCAGAUACCACACUGCGGUGAGCGGCUCCAUGUAACUCCAGCUGAUCUGGUCGGUGUAGUUGUUGUUGCCGGCAAAAGUGAGCGAGCUCAGUAUCACGGGGAUGACGAGCGCAAGAACAUAGAUGUAGUGUCGCACCACAAACAACCCACCCUCGGUGUUUGUUUUGGAGCCCAAUGCCGGACGGAAUAUGAGCAAGGCGAUGUGAACGGCAAAAUAAACAAUCACCAAGUCUGCGCCCUCGAUGCUGAACGAGGUGAGCCAGCCAAUUGCGUUCAGGAACCGCAUGUUGGUGACCGAGCCUUCGGAGCUGUUUUCGGAGCUCGCAGGCUCCGGCACACCAGCCACUAUUUGACAUACAUCUGGCCCUUGGUGGCAGUCUGGGCUUUGGGCAGUUUGCUGAACAGAAACUCGCUUUUGAGCGACGUAGAGUAUCCAAACACAAACGUCUCGGUUGUGUGGAAACUGCCCCCCGACGACACUCCAGUCGUCACCGUGGUGCGGCCCACCAACGACACCCCGAUCGUGUCCGAGACGAUCGACGCGACGGUUUUCCUGUCCACGGCAUCGAUCUUGCACAGAGCCGGCUUGAACUUGUCGACAUCAGAGAUCCGCGACCAGGCGGCCGACGACAGCGUGGUGACCGGCACAGACGUUGCAGGCUCUGUGACCGGCUCUGCAACCGGCUUGGCCUUGGCCUUGACCAUAGCAUUCAGUUUCAACUCGCCGUCAACAGCAUGUUUCCCCACCAGAUCCUCGUCGUGGAUCGUCUUGGUCUUCACCAUGAGCGUGAUCUGGUCCACAUCAGCGCCGAUCUUGGCUGCCAGCUGUUCCUUCAGCUUGUACACCGUGGUAGAGGUAGACUCUUCCAGCUGGUGUUCGAACUUUGGCGGCCGCAACGACUUGAUGGUCACCACCACAUGUGUUGUGUCGCCCGGCCGGCGGAAAAUCGGGGCCAAAGUAACCCACUUCCCAAACGUUUACUCUUCAGAUAGAAAUUUAAGAGUGGUAAGAAUUGCCCGCGUCGCGACGGUCGACCACCCCAAAUUCGAGCUUGACGAAUACUUGGAAUUCACGCCGAAAAUUGAGCAGGACGGGCUCUGGUUCGAUACCGAGCCGUCCACGCCGCUGGCCAACCAUCUCCCGCGCGAACAGGCCCAGCAGAUCGUCGACACCGUCAACAAACUACUGGAAAACCAAUACUCACCAUUAUGGGGGCCCUACAUGGUGCUCGACACGCUCACGUUCGGCAUCCUCAGAAAACUACGCUGGGAUAAAACGUACGCGGACGAACUCGAACAGUUCAUCGAACAGACAAACGAAAGUUUGCGUGCCCAAAAUAUACCGGUGGUCUUUGUUAGUCCUCGAAGAAGUGGCUACCUAAGUUUGGACGCGCUGGUUCCAACCCCGCGCUAG